AUGAUUGUUGCUGCUCGAUUUACUAGCAAAGCUAAACAAAGCAUUGCUGGUGAUAAGAAAAAAACCAACAAAUCCCAACGAAACCGAAAAAAGAAUUCGGCACCAUCCCAUCAAACAUUUACAUCCGUUACACCGAUUAAUAAUAGGCUCCUGUCACAGUCAUCAUUGAAUGAAGAAAACGGUCAUCAAAAUUCCGUUUCCGCAUUUCAAGCAAUCCAUUACGGAUCCAUAUCCAAUCUUCGUUAUAUCGGUACAAAUAAAUGGGGUUUAAUUUAUCAACAAACACUUGCUUUAAAAGUGACAUGGAAUAGAUUAUGUAAAACACCACAUUCAGCAUGUCGUGGUAUCAGUGCUAUCAUGGGAGAAGUUUUUAAUCGUUUAAAUGAGAAAAAUAAAAUACUUCGCGAUAUCUUUUACAAUGCAGCAUUUGUUAAUGGUAUCACAGAAGGUCGUACAAUUGCAACAUUGCAUGAUCAUUCACAUUUUUUCACAUCAUUAAUUAGUCAAAUAAUUCAAUCAUUGGAUACAGAUUCGGAUGAUAUUCUCAAACAUAUUAAGAAAAUUGGUUUGUGUCAUUUUGAUUUGACAAAAUAUGGUUUUCAACGGAAACUUUGGGAUCAUUUGGGUGAAGAAUUAGUGGAUGUUUUAGUUGUACAGAAUUGCGUACGCAGUUUUCCUGGUUCAUGUCGUGCAUGGACAAUAUUAAUUGCUAAUCUUAUCGAUCAUUUGUGUGCAGCUACAAUAAGCUCAUAUUCUACAAGUAAUACUAUGAAAUUACAGUAUCGAUCAAAGUUAACUUCAGCUACAAUCUCAAAUCAAUAUCAAAUUUACAACAGAUGUAACAAAUUGAAUUGA